GUAUUGGAGGCAUGAGCAACACAAAGUGCUGACAACCCGCUGUUUGUCAAGACCACAGACUUCGCCCACUUGUUACUGGAGUGGCCCUAUGAAGGAAUGCGCUCAUUCCUUUGUUGAUGCGUCUCUAAGGAUACUGGGAGCGGAGCGGCACAGUGGCACAGUGGCAGCCGGCUGUUCAGCAUUUCCCUAAAAGUGAACUAAAUCUGACGGUUAAUGGGAGUCCAUCGGUCUAAACAAAACUCGAAGCGUUUUCCUCCUGAAUGAAUACAUGGGGACGAGCCUGAAAUCAAGCCUUCACUCGGUGAAGCGGUGGCAGCUCAGCGGAACAGACUAUGAGCCGCGCUCCGAAACGUGCUUCAGCACCUGGACCCCUCUGAGCAACAAGACCAGCAACCUGCAGUUAUUUAAGGAGAGGGUGAACCUUGUGCUCCACUGGUUUGAUCUGUGGUCUGACCAGCAGAGGAAACACUUGCUGCACUCUCUGCUCACAUGCUGCACCAAGUCACAACUCAAGUACUGUAGGGAUUUGCUGAUCGAGACAGUUCCCGUGACUCAAGUGGACUUCACGGUGGUGUUGCCUCGGUUUCUGUCCUUGUAUGUGAUGUCAUUUCUGACCCCUCGUGACCUUUGCCGUGCUGCUCAAGUCAACUGGCACUGGAGGGUCCUUGCUGAACAGGACUGUCUCUGGGGGAACCACUAUAUCUCCUGUGUCUCCACAUUGGACUGGCUCACUCCUCGGGAGGCAGCCGAGCAGUAUGGGACCCUCAACCAACACAGCACAGGAAUUACAGAGGAGGAGGAAGAGAGGAGGAAGGAGAGAAGGAUCAGGCAGAUCAUCAGAGACAAACUUCAGGAAGAGAAAAAAAUGUCUAUGAGAACCAGGAAAGCUUGGGGAAGCUACACAAAGCCAGAAGGAGUCAGAGGUGGAAGUACCCAAACAGGGAAGUCCAGCUCUGGGACAACACUCAGCUCUUGGCCCUCCCUCUCCUGGUCUUCAAGGCCUGUUGGGUCUUCCAGCCUCUAUCUUAGCCUGGACAAGGGACAGUCCAUGAGUGCAGCUGAAAGCAUGGAGGGGGUCCGGGCCUCUACUUCAUUCAGUGAAAGACUGAACAAAGCCAGUGGAGCGCUGUCCUCAUUCACCAGCAGACCACAACACAAAGUCUCAGCCAUCUAUCACGCCACUCCUGCCCUCGUAUUUCUGAUCUCCAAUAAAAUUCCUGCUUAUGAGUUGCUGCUGAGCGGGGUGAAGGCAGGAGUAACUGUGGUUCUGUAUGACCACAGAGGGACUCUCUCAACACUGUUAAACCAGGUGGAGAGGGCUGUUUCUGGGCAGAGAGCUCAGAGGCUGGGGCUGCUAGCUCCAGGAGGAACAGAGGAAGUCCAUCUACUUCAAGCUAGUAGCCUGUCAGAGAGGACUCUACUGACCCCCAACCAUAGAGAAUUCUGGGAAAAACUGUGUGGCUGGGUGGCACCAACUGAGAAAGGAGGAGGAUUUGACAUCUUCUGCCCACUGGCUGCGUCUGCAUCAGGAGUGGCUCUCAUCCAGGCUCUCUCUACUCUGACUGGGCUGGAGGUUCAGGCACCUAUGGGUUUUGCCACCAGAAGUUUUCAGCACAUUCUGAGUAAGUGGUCUAAUGGCACUAUAUGUACUGGGCUGUCGGACCAGCAACCAGCAGCUCCAGCACUCCUUUAUGUGUGGGAGAGUGUACUACAGGGGUGGUGCAGACAGGCCCAGUGGAUGGAGGAGGCUCUGGAGGACUUGAGGGACCGCCUGGGGACGCAGUUACAGCGGGUCAGCCUGCAGGCCAGGGGCCGAGCUCUGGGUGAUUUUUUGUGGAACAAAAUCCACCUUGAGGAGCUUUCUGUGUCCAAAGAGCAAAGUGAGGCUUUGACAGAAGGACUCACUGCACUCCCUAAACAGGAAGAGACCAGAACUUUAGAGUUCCUUGCUAUCUUUCUGACAAAAUGGAGUGAGGAGAAGGAGGGAAGAGGAAGUGGUUUUGAGGAAAAGAACAGACACAAAGGAGAAGAUGAUAGCUCACAGAUUUGCUCCAGACUGACUCCUGAGCUGCCACAGUUGGUGUUAGAUUGGCGAGGUGCAGUUGCCAGAGAGCUGCACCACAGCGAGUGUCUUUAUCUGGGAAUUCUCAGUGCUGUCCUGAAGGUGUACCAGGAGCCUCUUUCUGCAGCUCUGAACUCCAACCGAGCGAUCAUUGGCUACACUGACAUCCAGGUUAUCUUCAGCCCUGUCACACAAAUACUGGAGCUCCACAGGGUGUUCCAGGUAGAUUUACAGGCCAGACUGCAGCACUGGGGUGCAGAGCAGUGUAUUGGAGAUGUGUUUAUAAAACUGUGCUCCAGUCUCAAAGUCUACACCAACUACCUUAACAAUUACACCACUGCUCUCCACACCAUCGACAAGUGCAGGGGGAUGAAACCUGCAUUCAGGGCUUUCCUAAAGAGAGCAGACAGAACUCUUGCAACACACAUGCUGAGCCUGCAGGAGCUGCUGCUGUGCCCAGUGUGGAGAAUACAGGAGUAUGUGACUCUGCUCCAGGCUCUGUCUUUGCACACACAUCCAAGUCACCCUGACCACACACACAUCUCCUCUGCCCUCAACACCCUGCUAUGCUACAGAGAAUUCAUAGAAAAGUUAAAGCGAAGCUCAGAGAGAAACAAACUGUUGGAGGAAACACAGCAGAUGAUUCAAGGCUGCCCGAACCUCAGCGAAGGAAACAGGCAGCUGAUAAUAACUCAGGAUGCUGCUUUGUUUAGGAGUCCUGAUGAGGAGAUUCCUGACUCUCUCAGGGCUUUUGAGCAUGUGUCUGAUGUGGGCCUCUUCCUGUUUAAUGAUGCCUUGGUGUUGACACGGCGAGAUGUGCUUCACAUGCCAUUUACGCUGGCCCACCAGAGCACACACACUUUCCUGGCCUCUGUGGCUCUCACCAGUCUGGCUGUCAGAGAGAUUACACACACACGCUAUGUGUGCCAUGCCUUUGUCCUGGAGGGUCCAUGUCGUUCUUGGGUCUGUGCCACAGAAAGAGGUGAGGAGAGAGAUCAUUUCCUGUCUGUGCUACGUUCAGCCAUCAACUCUGCCCUGAGUUGACAUUUGCAGGAUGAGAGGAGGUUUGGACACUACUGUUGGGCCUUUUUAUGGGCAAAGUGAAAAGAAAAUAGUACAAUAAAUCUUUGGAGGCAAUUAUUUUACCACACCGUAAUAUGAUGUAGAGACUUAGCAAUCUGGCCUUUGUUUUAUUGUGUUCUGGAUGCCUCACUUUCAUGCUAUAUUUCCAGCGGUAGUCCUUGAAGUAGUAUGAGUAGUUUUAUAAGUACAGUACAUAAUGGAAUAUGUAAAAUAUAUAAAAACUAAGUAAUGAGCCUGAUUUGACUCUGUAAGGAGUGGAAAGUAUGGAUAUUUGUGUUAAAAUAUAGAGAAUAAAAGUAA